AUGACUCUUUGGCACAUCUGUCAGCAGUUCGCGAGUGAGUACCUCGAUUUCGAAGGGGCAGACAAGACAACUACGGCUGCUUCUUAUGGCACCCCUAGCUUGAAGCUCUACUUUCGCUUAACAAAACUGGACACGCUGGCAGGACAAGAUCCCGAUGGCCCGGCCAGCUCAUCUGUCGCUGCCCCCGACCUGAGUACGGGGCCAGCCACCAAGGCCUCUGAUGCGCCAACCUUCACGAAAUUGGAGAAAGGCACUGCUGCCACAGAUCUAAUCGACAUCUCGCAGCUUGAGGUCACGAUAGAGGCAUCGCCAGAAGGAGCAGGCAAGCUGACCGACACAACUGUGCCGUCUUCUACGCCUCGCUCCGACGUCGACCAGGAGGCGGUCGCCAAGAUUCCCGACUUUGUCGCCGCACCAGCAGAAUUCAUCAGUGAUAACGAGGAUAACGCUCAUGGCGUUAAAGAGGACAACACUCAUAGCGCCGCGGCGACGACUGGUGAUGCUGGUGCUCCACAACGGAGCACAACCGCCACAUCUGCCGCCGCAAUCGCACCCAGGUCCAGCGACGGCAUUCCAAACUUUCGCGUCAACGACGAUUCGCGCAUCGAGAUCACUGCUCACGAGGAUGAGCUCACCGUCGCCAUGGCGAGAAGCGACUCAGCUCACAGGCGACUGAAGCUGCCCGCGCUGAGCCGGUACAUGACCCUGAACGCCGCGUAUCAGUGCAAGGCCCGCCUCCGCGUCAUGUCCCUAACGAAAAGCCUCAUAAUCACGAAUGCCGGCAGCAAUGCCUCCUUCUAUCUCGGCCACGACCCGGCAGGUAAUGUAACGCCACGCCAGAACGGCGUCUACCUCAGCUCGACAGCGGUCUUCUGGGUGCGUAUAGACGUAACCGACGUACCUAUCUUUAAUCCAGCCACCUAUCGUGCUCCAGCCAUCCUUGGCUACGACAAGUUCGACGCCAAGGGAGCCAAGUAUGGUUCCGAGUACAAUGAGGAGUUUGUCAAGACACAAUGGGACAUUGUUGCCCCCUUGACGAGGAGAGACCCGACCGCUAAAGAUGCACCAAUAACAAACCCGAGCCUUAUGGUCGUCUUCCGCAACGCCGAGAGCGAGUUUGUCCCGGCAAUGUCAGACUCGGACGAGUACCAGUAUUGGCGCAUCAUCAAGUCGCCGCCCAUAAACAACGUAGAGCAAGAGCGCCGCAUUAAACCUGGCCACGAUAUCCGCCUGUACCGGGACUUCCGCCACUGGCUGGCGCGACUUUAUACAAGACCUCUUCUGGCGACGCCAGUGAAUAUUGAUAAUAACGGCACGCGCACGGCGCGUAAGUACUGUCUGCUGGACCUGCGAUUGCGGAUCGAUCUUGUUAGCAAUAAUGAGCUUGGGGAUGCGAUUGACUAUACUCUACAUAAGGUAACGCAGAACCGGGCCGAUGUAGAGGGUCGUAGUUAG